AUGCCGCCCAAAGCCGCGCUCACUGGCUCUUUUCUUGUGUCAGCAGAUGCAGAAAAUGAGGUUGUGUGUCCUCUCACAAACCAAGAUGGCUCGCUGUGUCGGAAGCGGUGCAUUGGAGAAAAGCGGUACAGGUCGAUGCAAGAGCAUAUUCGACGCGCCCAUCCAGACUAUUACAUCCCUAAGCUCCCUGCCACGGAGGAAAGUUUCCAGUUGAUGAUCAACACACCGCCCUCGCAACGCCCGCCACAACCCCAACCGGCAGCGGCGACUACGACGGCUCCUGUUCGAAAAGGACCUUUGGAUGUCGGGGGCCAUCCUCCUUCAUUGGAACAAACGAGGACACUCGCAGGGACAGGGCAGGCUCCCGGUUCAGGCAGUGCCGCAGUUGCUUUCGCACAUCUGCAUAACUGGGACUCGGACUUUGACGUGUUCCCCGACCCGGACUUCAAACGCGAUAUGCCCACCGGUCUUGAAUUACCGUCAUUGCGUGCGCCGUUUCAUGAAGAUACCCUGCCGCCAUUUCAGCCUUCGCGAAAUCGCGAACUAUUACCAUCUAUUUUGCAAUCCCCUGGCAGCCGGUACUCGUCGUUACCGCCUAUCCAGCGUCGCGAUAAACUCCAACAGAGAGAUCGCAAGCCCUCCAUGGGGCAGAACGCCCGCAAGGGCAAGCACGAACGCGGAAAACCUAGGGAGUUUUCGGCCAAGGAAUUUUCCCGAAGGUUGAGCGUCGAAGGCCGAAAGGCCUUGUCCGCCGAACCGCCUACGGCGGCUUGGGUGCAGGGCAAGAGAUGGGAAGAUCUGAUCGAGGCUGCGACGACAGCUACCGAAGCGGAUGAUGAUCGUGAUCUCACUCCCGUAAGUCAGACGACAUUUUUCGAUUGUCCUCUGUUUACUUGCUGCUGUCAAGAGAUCGAGAUUUUGUAG